ACCAGCUGUAGCCUACCCCUACUUGUUCUUCCCCUGGAGCUAUUUAAACCCCUCAAACCCUUUCGACCCCUCCACACGAAUCAAGAGUAUUGAGAAAGAAAGUAUGGCUGCACAAUCUACAGCUCCCGCAUCAACUGCGACUCCUCCCAUUUCUCCCACAAGACUCAAGCAAAUCGCAAACGAUGCGUGCCAAAGUGCUCUAGGGGGAGCUGAAUAUUACGAACACUCAAAGACAGAAUCAUGGAACACAACCAUUAUCAACUCUAUCCUACGCUCCUUGAUCUCGGAAUCUUCUCCCGCGGGUGGCACUCCAUCUUUCAAAUACGCCGUCAACAGCACCAUCAUACAGCAUCUCGUGCCCACCUCUGCUCUCAACAAACCUAGACCUUCCCACGACUCCUCGAUAUCCUCUACAGAAACCGAUGCCAAGACUGCCACUGGCACGGAUGGAAAGCCCCACGUUGGACGCAGAGGGAUGCAUAGCGCAACAGGAGCAUAUUGGAAUGAGAAGACCGACGGGAUGUGGAGCUUCAAGUACGAGGGGGGAGAAAGCAAGGGCCUGGAUGUGGUCAUCAGUGUCAUUUGGAUCGCGAUAUAGGUAGGAUUCGGCAG